AUGCCGACGCAAAUCGUCACCCCGAUCGACUACAAGCCGGGGACCCUGCGUCUCCUGGACCAGCGGAAGCUGCCCCUGGUCCAGGAAUACCUCGAAGUGACGUCCCCGCAGGAUGCAUGGCAGAUGAUCAAGGACAUGGUCGUUCGCGGCGCCCCCGCGAUUGGAAUCACCGGCGCGCUCGCGCUGGCGGAGGACCUGCGCCGGCAGCGCGGAACGUUCGCGUCCCCCGCCGACGUCUCCGCGCACGUCGCGACCACCAUGGACUUCCUCGUGACUUCUCGCCCGACCGCCGUCAACCUCGCCGACGCAGCGGGCCGCCUCAAGGCCGAGGCCGCCCGCCUGGCAGCGCCCGGCGGCGCUUCGGACGCGUCCGCGGCCUGCGACGCCAUGAUCGCGGCGUGCGAAGGCGUCCUGCACGACGACGUCCGCUUCUGCAACGCCAUGGGCAACGCCGGCGCCGACGCGCUGCUCGCGGCCACCGCGCACAUCACCGCGGGCCGCUGCGUCAACGUCUUGACGCACUGCAACACGGGGGCGCUCGCGUGCGGCGGCAUCGGCACCGCGCUGGGCGUGAUCCGCGUCCUGCACGCGCGCGGCGUCCUCGGCCACGCGUACAACACCGAGACGCGCCCGUACAACCAGGGCGCGCGCCUCACGGCCUUCGAGUUGGUCCACGAGAAAAUCCCCGCGACGAUGGUCUGCGACUCCGCCGUCUCCUACCUCAUGGCCCAGGGCAAGGUCGACGCGGUCGUCGUGGGCGCGGACCGCAUCACCGCGAACGGGGACACCGCGAACAAGAUCGGGACGUACCAGCUGGCGCUGGCGGCCCGGCACCACGGGCUGCCCUUCUUCGUGGCGGCGCCUACGACGACGCUCGACCCGGCGCUGGACCACGGCGGGCUGAUCGAGAUCGAGCAGCGCCCGCACGAGGAGAUGACCACGUGCCCGCGGACGGGCCAGAGGGUCGCCGCGGAGGGCAUUGGGAUCUGGAACCCCAGUUUCGACGUCACGCCGCAGGGCUUGAUUACAGGGAUCGUCACGGAGCACGGGCUGAUUCCGCGCAAGGAGGGCGGCGGCGGGUUCGACGUGCGGGGGUUCCUGAGCCAGCACGGGCAGGAGGUCCCCGGGGGGAGUGACAGGCGGGUGUUGGAAACCAAGCUGGGCUACAGGGACCUCGACGAGGCCGGAGUGUGCGCGUACGUGGCGGAGAGGCCUGGGCUCGCCCGCCUGGUGGCGCCAGAGGGCAGCGACCCGGCAACGUGGAAGGUUCGCGAGGUCGGCGACGGCAACAUCAACUAUGUGUUUAUCGUGGAGGGCCCGCUCGGGGGCAUCGUGGUCAAGCAGGGGCGCCCGUAUAUCCGGCUGGUGGGGGAGUCCUGGCCGCUGACUCAGGACAGGAUCCGCCUCGAGGCGCAGGCGCUGCGGGAGGAGGGGCGGUGGUGCCCGGAGCACACGCCCAAGGUCUACCACCUGUCGGAGAACCUGUCGCUGUUCGUCAUGGAGUACAUCCCGCCGCCACACUCCAUCCUCCGCCACGCCGUCUGCGACGGCGGCGUCUUCCCGCACCUCGCCGAGCAUGCCUCCAAGUUCCUGGCCCACACCCUGUUCCAUACCUCCCUCCUCUACCUGUCCACCGCCGAGCGCGCCGACCUCGCGGCGCGCUUCCGCAACCCCGAGAUGUGCCGCCUCACCGAGCAGGUCGUCUUCACGGACCCCUACUUCCCCGCGGAUAUAAACAAACACACCUCCCCCCAGCUCGACGCCGACGUGGCGGACCUGCGCGCCGACGCGCGCCUCAAGGCCGCCGCCGCUGAGAUGAAGCGCAUCUUCUGCGAGUGCGGCGAGGCGCUCGUCCACGGAGACCUCCACACCGGCUCGAUCAUGUGCACCGAGGCCACGACGUACGUCAUCGACGCCGAGUUCGUCUUCUUGGGACCGAUGGGCUUCGACGUCGGCGCGCUGCUCGCGAACCUCCUCCUCGCGUUCUACGCCACGGACGGACGGUCCGCCGCGGCGGGCGGCGGCGCGGACGACCGCGCUGCGCAGCGCAAGUGGCUGCUGCGGUCCGUCGGCGACAUUUGGCGGAUGUUCGUAGCGGAGUUCGAGGCGCUGUGGGCCAAGUCCCACGGCGGGGAUGCGCUGCGGAAGGAGGUGUUCGGACACCCGCUGGAGGACGCGGCGGCAGAGGGGGCGGCGUCGCGACUUGCGUUGGAUGCCUGGACCCGGAGGCUGCUGGCGGACUCGCUCGGGUUCGCGGGGUGCAAGAUGAUUCGUCGCAUCGUGGGGAUCGCGCACGUCGCGGACCUGGAGGGGAUCGAGGACGCGGACCGGCGCGCGGUGUGCGAGCGGCGGGCGCUGAAGCUGGGUCGGGCGUUGCUGACGCAGCGCAGCGCGUUCGAGAGCAUCGAGCGCGUUCUGGAGCUGGCCGAGGAGAUCAGGAAGGACGGGGCGCAGCCGUACUCGCCCCUGUGA